AUGUUAAAACUAUCAUCCUUUCUAAAUGUGGAAUAUAUUUACCAUUUUGGAUCUGAUGAUCCUUGGAAAAAAAUAAUGGGAGAUGCUUCUAGCAAUAUUAUUCGAUUGUCACAAGACGAAUCAGCUUUGAAUAUCUUACCAUCAAAUGUACUUUCCUUAAAACUAGAAAAUCUUGAUGCUGGAACACAAAGACUUGUCGCUAAUUACGGUUUCACUGAAUUCUUAUACCACCACCCAUAUACAUCUCAAGCGAAGCAAGAGUUUGUAAGAUUCUCCAGAAACACUUAUACGAAGGACGAUGUCCGUUUAAAUCAAAUCUGUGAUUUUGAAAAGCAAUAUCGAUCAGAAAUGGCCCUAUGGUGGUAUACCAAAGACAGCUUUCCUUUUCAUAUUCUCAAUAAAACAUUACGAUCUUACGAUCUAAGCUCAAUGUUCAAAAUUCGUUAUUAUAUUUCUGAUCUUUAUUCAGAACUCGAUCUGCUUUAUCAUUUACAACUAAAAUCACAACUACUAAGUUGCAUAUCGAGAUUAUAUCGAGGUAAAGUCAUUCAAAGAGAAGAAUUUGACGAUUUAAAGAAAAGCAUAGGAAAAUAUGCUGUUGUUAACUCAUUCGUGUCUUACUCCGUCGAUAAAAAAGUGGCUCUUGCGUAUGUUGAUAGAGGCACCCCAGAAUCAACAGGCAAUGUUUCAGUCGUCUUUUGUAUCGAAAAUAAUGCCACGAAGGACUUUUCUAAACCGAUUGCAUUUAUCAAAGAAUAUUCUGAAAAACCAGAUGAAUAUGAAGUUUUAUUAUCUUCGGGAAUCAUUUUCAAAAUUGUCUCGAUCGAUCGUCUUGAUGAAAAUCUUUGGGAAAUUCAUCUAUUCAGAGGCACCGAAGAACAACAAUUUGGUGAAGAAUUUUACAAACAUUUUUGGUUACCAGAUGGUUUCUUAAAUAUGCCUGUCGACAUAGAAUCAAUUUUCAAGACUAUAAAUGAUGGUCAAUAUUUUAAAGAAUUAAAAAAUGUGUUACCCACUAAUUUCAGAACAACAAAUUCAAUCCCAUCUACACAGCGUCAUAUUGCAAGGUUUAAAAGUAGGGUUUUUCCAGACAGUAAAUGUGAAUUGGAUGAUCCAAAUAUGCCACAUUCUCCUGACAUGGUAAUUCUUUUUGUAGAAGAAUAA